AUGGCAGCGACACAUCAGUGUGUCUUUAGCAUGGUGUCGACCAAGUCUGUCCUCCAGUAUGGUGGCAUGGCUUCAGAUGUGAUUUUCCCUGUGCAGGGUUCUGUGAGCCCCUGGGUGACGUUCAACUCCGCCAACAACACUGACCCCAAUGCUCAGUACCAUGACUUCUGUGCUUUUACCAAUGACUCUCGCCUGAACUGGUAUUUCAAGAGCAUGAUGAUCAUGUGGUGGAAUAAUCGCAUUGGGUAUGUCAGGUACACACCUUUGGAGAUUAAGGAUAUGGCCAAUAGUGGAUUGUCAGUCAGGAUCCUCGAUGGGUUGAUCUAUGAUUUAACCACAUAUCUCAGCUAUCCGCCUGCUGUCAUUACCCCUACCAGUAUGCAAGCGAGCGGAGGCAUCGACACACAAUUCAUGAGUUCCACCAUCAUCGAUUUGUUCAAGAUCAACUCCAGGCAGGAUUUUACGAAGAAGUUCAAGGAUGGUCUUGGACUUGAUUCUGCAACACUUGAAAGCCAGAGGAUGUGUCUUUGCAAUCUAUUCUUGAUCAGUGCAGUCGACAAUCGAAAUUCACCUCAGUGUCUGUUCUUGCAAUAUAUCUUGCUCAUCCUUUCAGUUCUCAUGGUCUGCAUCAUCGGGUUCAAAUUCAUUGCAUCGAUCAAUUUUGGGGCUGUUCAUGCACCCAAGGACCAUGACAAGUUUGUGAUUUGCCAAGUUCCAUGUUACACUGAAGGCGAGGUGUCACUUUGGCAUAUGAUCAAUUCAUUGGCUGUGCUCAAGUAUGACGAUAAGCACAAACUGAUCCUCAUCGUGUGUGACAGGAACAUUGUCAGAUCUGGCAAUGAUCGCCCAACACCAUGUAUCAUGCUUGAUAUUCUGGGUGCUGACCUGAACUUGGACCCUGAACUGCUCGGUUUUCAUAAUAUGGCCAAAGUGUACUCGGGUCUGUACAAGUGUGCUGGACAUGUUGUGCCUUACCUUGUGGUCGUCAAGGUUGGGAAGCCGACAGAGAGGUCACGUCCUGGAAAUUGUGGUAAGUGUGAUUCACAGAUGGUGGUCAUGCAUUUCUUGAACAAGGUGCAUUACAAUAUGCUGAUGAAUCCCCUUGAGCUCGAGAUGUAUCACCAGAUCAAGAACAUCAUCGGUGUCAACCCGACAUUUUAUGAGUAUCUAUUUGCCAUCGAUGCAGAUAUGACUGCAGAGCCAUACACACUUAACUGCCUCAUUUCUGUAAUGAUUCAUGACAAGAAAGUCCUUGGCGUGUGUGGUGAAACAUCCCUCGCCAAUGCCAAACAGUCGAUUGUGAUGAUGAUGCAGGUGUAUGAGUACUUCAUCUCCCAUCACAUGGCGAAGGUGUUUGAGAGUCUGUUCGGCUCACUCACUUGCUUGCCUGGUUGUUUCACCUUGUUCCGUCUGCACAUGCCAGACACGCACAAUACACAAUUUAUCAGGGACGCUCAUGCCGAGACAGUUGCUCCGGACGAUUGGAAGGUUCUGCUCUCACAAUGUCAUCAUUGGAUCAACUCGACCAUUCAUAAUCUUGGUGAACUCAUGUUCCUGGAUCAGCUUUGUGGUUUCUGUUGCUUCUCCAUGUGUUUCAUUGUCAUGAUGGAUCUCGUAUCGAUGCUGAUUCAGCCUGUCACCAUCGCAUAUGUAGUACCAUCCCCUUCAUCUUCCUUCUUGCAAGCCUUUGUGUUCGUUCUGUGUUGCAAGUGGGACAUGGUUGGAUGGAUGGAUUUCUAUAUCUUGGCCAUCCCAAUUUUCUCAUUCAUGCUUCCAAUCUACUCAUUUUGGCAUAUGGACGAUUUCUCAUGGGCAUGCCACAUGUGUGUUGUACUGGGAGAAUCUGGAAAGAAGAUCAUUGUUCAUGAUGAAGGCAAGUUUGAUCCUCACUCUAUUCUCCUCAAAACAUGGAACAACUAUGAAAAUGAUUUGUGGGACCGAGAAUCCAAUCACAGCAUCAGCUCUUGGGUACCCCCCACCCAAUUCUGCAAGGAAGGAUUGUACUGCAUCCCUGUAUGA